GCCAUUAUCAUGGGCAAAUUCUCGAUACAAUACAGCGAUGACUCGGAACCGCACCCAGAACGCAGAAAUAUCGGAUUAUGCUCAUUGUUGCUAACCGUUCAAUUCUUGGCGCAACUACUCCUGAUUCCACAAGGCACUCUUUUUGGUCAGAUCAUGUUUUUGACCUCACUAGCCUUUUCGUGGGGCUAUAAUUCGUGGCUUUCUUCGCUAGACAAGGCGAAAUUGCAAAGAGAUAUGUUGAUCGAGAAAGUCUUGAAUAAGCCGCCCAUGAAGAAGUACGAGCUGGGAACUAGGACGGCGAUGGUCGUUUUCGUCAUUCUCGCUCUGGGGAAGCAGCUUGAAGAACCCAGGAAACUGUUGGAGAGUCUCCUUCCGAAUGACACUAAAGUUUGGAAACGGUGGAAGGACACGGUUUUGGAGAGGCUUAAAAUGGGAGGGGAGAUCUGUUUUCAGAAAGAUGAAUGGGACGUUGAAGGGUAUUCUGAAAGUGAGAGGAAUUUGUUGAAGACGCUUUAUGAGGAUGCAGAGGCCGCUUGGAGAACCCAUAGAAAGCGCAGUCAAAUCGCCGGCUAAAACUACCUACACCAGUAUCGUUGGAUCAGUCUGUGAUAAAGGGUAAAGGAGUGAUCCUUGGCUCAAGCAUCACUAGAAUCAGCUACCGCAUAUCAUGGACAUUGUCACGGAUGGAUGGUUGUGGAGAAGUUGAGCGUCGACUCGGACGUGAGACAACUCGAUGCCACUUGCGAAAUUACGAGGCUCAAUUGGAGAUUU